AUGAAAAAAAAAUUUACUUUAUAUUUACCAUCCCUUUCAUAUUUUAUUUUUCAAAAUAAAUUAUUCAAAUGGAAUAAAUUAUUUUAUUCAAGUUAUUUAACACUUUGUUUUACUCUACCUUUUUGCCUACCUGCUUACUCUUCUUUUAAACAAAAACCAGAUAUAAUACCUCCUAUCAUUAACAUGGCAUCUCAUGUUCGUUCCUAUUAA